AUGGAGAGCGCCAAUGAGUCCCCAUUGAACAAAGAGUUUGAAAGGCUCGUACAUGAGACUUUGGCUCGCUGGCAUGUUCCUGGCGUAUCGGUUGCUGUAAUUGAUGGUGACAAGUCUUGGGCAGAGGGUUACGGCAUCGCUACUCUUCCAUCAACCCCAGCGACAGCAUCGACACUCUACUGCGUGGGCAGCACUACUAAAGCAUUUACCGCUGCGGCAGCUUCUCUACUAAUUGAUCAAGGAAAGCUUUCAUGGCACACGCGACUCUCCGACGUAAUUGGAGAUGAUUUCAUCCUACCAGGCGAAUGCGAGACAACUCACAUCACUCUCGAAGAUGCGCUCAGCCAUCGUACUGGCAUGCCAGGACACGAUCUCUCCUAUGGGAACGAGGGUGGGCGAUCAGCAAAAGAAGUCACGCGAAGCCUACGUUACCUCCCUUGUACUGCACCGCUCCGUACAAAAUGGAUGUAUAGCAACAUUAUGUACGUCGCUGCUGCUCAUGCGAUCGAAACAUUGAGCGGCUCGACCAUUUCCGAUCUCUUCAAGGCGCAAAUCAUGGACCCUCUCGGUAUGCAGUCUACAUACUUUUCAAUACCCGCAGCGCAGGAAGCAAAAGACCAUUUUUCACAGGGAUAUUACUACGACGACGAUGUCGGCGAAUAUCGAGAAGUUCGUCGUCCAGUCGGCGAUAUAACUAUAGGUGCUGGGGGCCUUAUCUCUAAUGUGUUGGAUUUUGCAAAAUGGGUACGGACAAUGAUCAAGGAACUUGGCCCAAUGACCAAAGAAGGUCAUAAGCAGAUACGAAGCCCUCGAAUGUUGAAACCUCCACCUCUGGAACACUUGCCCUUCACUAGUGCAACGUCGUAUUGCCUGGGGUGGGAGACUGCUGUUUACCGUGGCGUCCAGAUAUACAUGCAUGCAGGUGAAGUGGAGGCAUAUGGAGCAUACGUUGUUUGGAUUCCCUGUCUGGAAUUUGGCGUAGUUGCUUUUGCGAACACUGCAGUAACUUCAAACUUUGUCCAGCAGGUACUGAUAUGGACAUUGAUUGACGAUAAAAUGAAGACCCCAGUCGAAGAGCGAUUUGACUGGAAUAAAAGAAACACAAUGUUUUCUCAGAGAAUGUUUGGCGAUUAUGAUAAGGCCCUUCAACGACACUUCCCUCGACUGCCACCUAGCCGAGCCUCACCGAGCUUACCACUGGCAAGCUACUUGGGAUCAUAUAAACAUCCAGCUUACGGUAACAUAACCAUCACGUUGAAAGACGACAAUCUGUACAUUCUUCGGGCAGGAUUUCGCUGGGAAGUUGAUAUCGUGCUUGAGCAUGUAAAUGGUGAGCAUUUCUUGGCGAGAAUGAACUCCAUUGUCAAUCGUGGUGGAUAUUUUUUUAAGGAUGCCUUCCCCUCUGAAUUCAGGGUUGGCGACGCUGAUUGCGUUCCUGCUGCAUUCGGAGCAAGGCUAGAAGAGGAGAUGGGAGAAGAAAAGAUAUGGUUUACCAGAUGUUCCUAG